AUGGCCGCAUUCCCAGCACCAGUCAGUUGGGUCUGCACUCUGUGCGACUCCCCGCCAGCCAGCAUGUCCAGAAAGAAUAACAAAGUCCCGCCUGACUGGCUCGAUUGUCCCGAAAAGUGUUCGUGCCUCAUCGGGGGGAAGUUCCUCGUCUGCAAGACUCCGCUCGAUUACAAGUUUGACGGCCGAUUGCAAGGGAGAAAUCCCUUUCACCCUGAAACGGCGAUCAAGUCGAUGGAGAGUCUUCGAGUUAAAAUCGGUCUAUGGAUCGACCUGACGAACACAAAUCGAUACUACGACCCCAACAUCCUCAAGGGGAAAGAUAUAACGUAUUACAAGCUGGCAAGUCCCGGCGGCGGCGAGACUCCUUCUCCGGCUCUGGUAAAAACUUUCAAUAAGAUCUGCGAUGCCUUCAUCAAGCAGAAUCCGCAGAAGAUCGUGGUCGUGCAUUGCACGCAUGGCUUCAAUCGAACGGGUUUCUUCAUCUGCUGCUACCUUGUCGAGAAAUGCGACUUUGACGUGGGAAAAGCCGUGGCUGAUUUUGCGAAAGCCAGACCUCCUGGCAUAUACAGGGAAGAGUAUCUGCAGGAGCUGUUCCUUCGCUAUGGGGACGUGAAGGACACCCCAGCUGCUCCUCCGAUGCCGGAUUGCCUCAUCGGAGAGAAGUUCCUCGUCUGCAAGACUCCGCUCGACCGCAAGUUUGACAGCCGAAUGCAAGGAAGAAAUCCCUUUCAUCCUGAAACGGCGAUCCGGUCGAUGGAGAGUCUUCGAGUGAAAAUAGGUCUAUGGAUCGACUUGACGUAUACGUAUCGAUACUUCGACCCUGGUUUUUUCAAAGAGAGAGAGAUUACGCAUCGCAAGCUGGCUUGUCCAGGUGCCGCUGAAAAAGAAAAGUUCAUUCAGGUUUGCCAUGAGUUCAUCGAGAAGAACCCGAACAAGGCCGUGGUCGUUCACUCCACGUAUGGCUUCAACAGACCAGGUUUUUUUAUCUGCUGUUAUCUCAUUGAGAAAUGUGAGUGGGAUGUGAUGGCAGCUGUGGCUGAUUUUGCAAAAGCCAGACCACCUGGCAUAUACAAGGAAGUGUAUUUGCGAAAGUUGUUCCAUCUCUAUGGGAAGGGCAGGGACACCCCAGCUGCUCCUCCGAUGCCGGAUUGGUGCACGAAAUCGACAAAUAUUCCGAAUUCGCUUCCUUUGAGGUCCUAUGAGAGGUAUCUGUGUGGCCUACAGAAAGUUGAAGCAGCAGAGAAGGAAUCAUAUUUCGUGGAAGGAGUAUCCGGGGUCACGCUUGUGACGGAUCAGCAAGAAAGCAUUCACAUUAGGAGAAGAGUGGAAGAGAUGUGCGCUUGGAAUAAUUCCUGGUUUCCGGGAACGUAUGCUAUCUUUAUGGACAGGAAAAAUAUGUCACUGCUAUCUGAUGCUCCUUACAAGGUGUCUAGGAAAGCUGAUGGCACUCGAUACAUGAUGCUAUUUGACGGUGCACAAGAGGUCUAUUUUCUCGAUCAAGAAAACAGAGUGUUUUCUGUGGAGAAUUUGUCCUUCCCGAAGAGAAACGAAAGCAAUUACUACUUGUCCGAUACUCUCGUUGACGGAGAAAUGGUGAUUGACGAAGUAAUGGGCCAAAAAAUCCCACAUUACCUCAUCUUUGACGUCGUCCGCUUCCAAGGACGGCAUGUGGGACAGGAGGACUUCAAUAAGAGGUUGACUUGCAUUCGUCGUGAGAUUGUUGAACCAAGGCAAGCCGCGAAGACUGAAGGCCUCAUUGAUGAGAGCAAUGAAUGUUUCGACAUCCAAACCAAGGAAUUCUACGACCUCUCGGAAGCCAAAAACCUAUUGGGUUCCGAAUUUCCAAACAAUCUGGUCCACCAAUCGGAUGGCCUCAUCUUCCAACCGGUGAAUGAACCCUACACGCCUGGGGUUUGCAAGUCCCUCCUCAAGUGGAAGCCGGCCUCGACCAUCUCUACCGAUUUCCUCUUGAAGAUCGUAGAUAAGGAAGAAGGAGGACCUGAGAAGUCUCGAGGAUUCUUAUUCGUCUCACAAGAGGAUAAACCCUUCGCAGUGAUGAAGGUGACCCAAGAUCUCCGACGGUACGACAACAAGAUCAUCGAAUGCACAUUCAAAAACGGGCAGUGGGUGUUCAAGCGGGAGAGGAUCAACAGGUCAUUUCCAAAAGGAAUAGUGACAGCCAAGAUAGCUUCCAAAUCCAGUUCUAAGCCUGUCACUGAAGGUUAUUUACUGAAUUACAUUGACCAAGCUUGUUCGUGA